CUCUCUUUGGUUUCUCAAUUCUUCUUCCCCUUGACUUGUCGAUUUCUCCAAAUAUUUACCUUCCUUUCUCUCCUCCUCCUCCCUCAUUCCUCUCUCUUCUUCUGUUUUCACCUUUUCAUUUUGCGUUUUCAACCCUCUUCCUCUCCUUUCCUCUUGCGUUUCGGGUUCUCGUCCGCGAUCGUCAUUCUUGCUCAGCGACUUAUGCGGGAUACGACCUCUUUCAAUCCUUGCAUACAAACGCUGCAUCACCUUUUUGCUCGUCGAUUUUGUCUCCUUGGAUGAUGAUGCCUUCCUCCUCGAGGCCAGAUAGUUUUAAACCCCAAAAUCUUGACCAUGAUAGCUUCGUUGCCUUUGACCAUGCCGCGGCUGGACAUGAUGGCGUCCGCUGUACCCUCUCCGGUUCCUUUAUCGCGAAGCCCUGUACGGCGCAAGAAAUCGCCUUCUACGAAUCUACGGCCCUUCAUCCUGCGUUUAGAGAAUAUAUUCCUACAUAUAUCGGGACUUUAACUUCCGCCGACCAGCAUCAACCGCCUCUGGCUCUCGCUGCUGCUGCUGCUGCUGCUGCUGCUGCUUCUGCUUCUGCUUCUGCCCCCACACAGCCCGGUGCCGUGAGCUCGGAUUACACGUCUACCUCGGAAACCCCGAUCGCUGCCCCAGCCAGCACCUCGGGCGACCCGGCCGCGGCUGAUGCUCCACAAGAGGCAACAUGGACACCGUCUGCUGGGAAAAAGUUAGAAACCGGGUUGUCCAUCGUGCUGGAGAAUGUUGCUUCUGGGUUCAAGAGACCCAACGUUUUGGAUGUUAAGCUGGGAGCUAGACUCUGGGCUGACGAUGCUCUGCCUGCGAAGCGAGUCAAAUUGGAUAUUGUGUCGCAGGAGACGACUAGCUCUUCUCUGGGAUUCCGGAUUGCAGGAAUGAAGGUGUGGACGGGGGUGAACGGCGAGGCUGACGAAGGAAGCAAAACCAAUCCCUACAUUACUAGAUACCAGGAGUCGCGGGGCGCAAAGGGCGAGGUGACGGAAAUCCAUGGCUACAAGCGGUAUGACAAGUGGUACGGCCGGUCUUUUACAGAUAAAAAUGUCCAGGAAGGCCUGGAGACAUAUCUUGCUGGCGCAAAGACUGGUGCGGUCGACCGCUCCAGGCUUGUCGCCAGGCGAUUAGCCGAUGAGUUGAAGCAAGUGCAGGAAGUCUUGGAAUCCGAAGAGAGUCGAAUGUACUCCUCUAGCGUCCUGAUCAUCUACGAAGGAGACCAGGAAGCGAUGGAGCAUGCUCUGGAGGAAGAAAAGCGAAUCCAGGAAGCCGGCCCACAGGAGGCGGACGAAGAGGAGGAAGGUAGUUCCGAUGAAUUUGAGCUUCAAGAGGGCGGCGGGUCAUUUGAGGUGAUCGAUAUGCCAGUCGGGGAGAUCGGCGAGGCUAACCAGACCAUCAAUAUCAACAUCGACCCGGAAACGGCCCAACUGGGGGGGCUGGAGGACGAAGAAGAAGAUGAAGAAGAGGGACCUAAGGUGCACGACCUUCGUCUGAUCGAUUUCGCCCAUGCCAGUUGGACUCCUGGCCAGGGGCCGGACGAGAAUGUUCUGACGGGUAUUCGGAACCUAGUUCGCAUUUUUGACGAACUUGCGCAGGACUAAAUGGACCACCACCAUUGGCAUGAAGUAUUUGCUAUUUCCAUUCUAUUGUCGCUGGCGGCUUUGAAUGUGAUGUUUUCCUUGUUGCAUUUGACAUAUAGUACUCUCUCUCUCUCUCUCUCUCUCUCUCUCUCUCGUGUUAGCCCUAAUUUAGAUUUGAAAUCACGAUUUAUCAUUUGAUCAUCUCCCCAAAGUGUUGCUCAAGCUUACUCUGCCGGUAUUCAAUGUAUCGCACCUAUACAAGACAGACGAUCCACAGCGAGAAAAAAAAGUUAUUAUACUCAACGAAUAAGACAAGGACUAUGUUCUCCCUGAACCUCGGCCCAUUACAGAGCUAUCCAGGGCAUGGGAAUCGUCUCGAAUAUACAUACUGUUUGAAAUACAAAACCCUACGGAGGAGAGAGAGAGAGAGAGAGAGAGAGAGAGAGCAUGUGUGUGUGAGGUGAGGUCCACCAGGGUCCAAA